CCUCUGCGCCCCCACUUUGGGAACCACUGACAUAAGUGAAGUGAGAAACAAUUCUCAUUUACCAUGACAACGUGGCCAAGAGGCAGCAAGACAUUAAAACAAAGACCCUCCAAUGCGUUCAGCAGCCCUGUGGUGGAGAAAAUGGAAGACAACUAUCAGAUCCCUUCAUCCAACCUCUGUCUGAGCCAGGCCCCCAUCUGCAUCUCUGUACCCAGCAGGCCCUUUGAGAGCAGCUCUUCAGAGCCCAGUAUCGAGGAGAAAAAGCUCCAGCCCCCUGAUCCUGGUGGACCCUUUGAGUUAGUCAGGCAGGGGGUCUCACGGAUUGCCCAUAGUGCCCUCUGUCUCAACAAGACACCCUCCGACUAUGACAUCCUGCUGCCCCCACAAGCAUUAGAAGACCCCUUCAACAGCCACCGUCCAUCCCAGACCCCCCCUCCUCCACCAGCCCGACAUAGCUUCACCGACCUCCCAUCCUCUACAUCCUCAUUCUACAACUUCUCCACCUCCGCCCCCUCUGCUGGAGCACAACCCCCCCGGCCCUCCUCUGGACAUGAUCACCUGCUAUUAACCCCCGACACAGUGUUGGACAUGCUGAGCAGUGCUGCUCCUCUGCCCCCCCUCAGACGACACACAGAUCAUGUGACAGGCUCCAGAGGCUUCCUGGAGUACGACCAUCUGCCCGGCACUCAGGUACUGCUGGACUGUUUGCAGGCCCCUGCCAGGCCCCCCAAGCCCCUGCCCAGGAAGAUCCCUCCAUGCAUUCAGCCAGGCAAACCCCCCAGCUUGGAGUCAGAGAACGUCGACGCCAAAAUUGCCAAGCUGAUGGGAGAGGGUUACUCCUUUGAGGAUGUGAAGCGGGCGCUGACGAUCGCUCAGUACAAAGUGGACGUGGCCCGAAACAUUCUUCGAGAGUUCGCCUUGGUGCCCCCAAGGCUGAACCUCUAGCCCCAAACAGCUGUGCCUGGGGACGGACUGACAGAAAUGGGCUUUUUUAUUCUGCUUGGCCUGACACUGACUGAGGAGAGACAUGCCUUUUGUUGCCAAACAGAGAGAUCCCUCGAAACAAAGUGGCCUAAACCAAAUCACAGUAGAACACAGAGAAUGAAAAAGGGAGAUUAGACCGAAGCAGGCUGAUGAGCCAGCGAGAAGUGGAUCUGGUUCAGAGGCUCCUGUUAGUCUCCAGGCCGGACUCUGGUUCAGAGGCUCCUGUUAGUCUCCCGGCUGGACUCUGGUUCAGAGGCUCCUGUUAGUCUCCAGGCCGGACUCUGGUUCAGAGGCUCCUGUUAGUCUCCAGGCCGGACUCUGGUUCAGAGGCUCCUGUUAGUCUCCAGGCUGGACUCUGUGCCUGGUUUAAGCCCUGGUCCUGCUGCUGCUCUUCCUAUGACACCUUCCACCCUCUACAUUUAGUUUGUGGGGCCUUUCAAAAGAACACCCCCACUCUGUUAAGCGUACAGCACGUGCAGUACAUGCACAGACAAUUUUAUUUAUAACCAGUAGGGGGAGACAGAGUCCACCGUUUCUCUCUCUCUCUUGUUCUCUCCUCUCUUCAUGUCUGGGUCUGGCUCACUUGUAGUCCUUGAACCAGCUGGCGAGUCAGGAGCAGUUCUGUGGAGCUAGAGGUGGCCUUACUGAUUCCCUGGAUCCACCUAGAUCUGGAUCAAACUCGUGUUAGUUAUUUGGACCAGAAGCCGGGGAAGAAGAAGGCUGGAAGGCUUUUGGGAUGGUUGCCUGCUUCUAUUCUGUUCCUAGACCAGGGGAUUUCACUACUUCAGUGAGCCUAUGAAUGAAUUGUUCUGUCAGUGAGCUCCUCUCAGGCCCUUUGCCAAGUGAUUAGAGGGUGGGAAAUGUCUAAUGCUUGCUUUUCUUUAAAUUGCUCUGGGACAAAAGCUAAGACUCCUGUGCCUAGAUUGUAGCUGAAGCAUUUACAUGAGAGGAGCGGACCGGAUCAGCUCAAAGAGUCAGUCACACAUCAGCCUGAACAGACCAAACAUUCCAUGAGCCCCCCCCCUUACUGCAUGUUACCCAGGGAGGAGUACAAUGCCCUCUUGUCUCCCUAAUGACUACAAUAUGCCUCACUAAUGUAUAUAUUGGAUUUCUUCAAAUGCAAAAAACAUAUUAUUUCUCCUUCCUGUUGAGAAUAGGAUGUGAGAUGUUGUCCAUAAAGCUGCUCUGUUUACCCAGCUGUUCAUUUCAGACCAAGAAAAGAUAACUCCCGUUUAUAAUUUGGAGCUUUAUGUUAUUGUUUUGAUCUUUGGUUGUGCUAACAUUGUAUUCACCAAAUGAAAUGUUGAGUUCUGGAAUGCAGAACACAUUGAUAUUGUUACAUACAUACAUGAGGACAAUGUAGUGUUUUCUCUCAUGUCAUACAAAUGGUCCUGUUUCUCUUUAGUUUGAUGUUUUUUAAGCAGGGUUGAUGGGUUUCCAGAUCUCAGCAUUUUGCAGGGUAUGAUGUUAAAAUUGCUACAUGCAGAUUUUGAAAUAUGUUGACUGAUGAUCUCUUGACUCUUGGCAGUAUUUGCUUACACAGUAUAACAGUGCUGACUCCCUCACUGAACAGCUUUAACAACCUGAUGUCCUGUCAGGGAAACAUGGGGCAAACAGAAAUACUCACCAGAGGGUGGAUACAUUCUGUGUCAGUAGGACACGGUUCUAACAGAGACAUCCUCAGCAAUGUGGAUCAGAAUGUAGUAACUCUGCCACUGACAGGCAUGAUGCAUCAGGCUGGGCUGUGUGUUUCUGAACAAAUAAGAGCCCCCCCGCCUUACUGCCUUUACUACCCAGGGAGGAGGCCCAAUAAACACAGCGAUGAUCAGUAUUUAUUCAUUUCCACCCCUCAUUUUUCUUCAGCUGUGUUGGCUGUCAAAUGAACUUGAGGUGAUGUUUUGUAGUUUCUCUAAAAUUAUAACUGAACUCAAUCUCCUGGGAGAGGCGCAGUGUUUCUGCUCAAAGAUUUCAAAAUAUGGCUGCCGACUUCGACUGCUUUACAUCACAUCUGUCCUGAUGUGAGAAUGUGAAACCAAACCUGAGUCCACCAUCUUCACAGGUGUCUCAUGAUCUUAAAAAUGAUCUUAACCCGGAUUUUAAACAUUGUGAGUUGAUAAGUGUGUUACCUUAACCACCAGAUUAACAAACAGUAGUGUGAAUAUAAUCACAGUGAUUAUGGCUGUCUGUGCUCAUCACUGUGAAUAUAAAUAUGCAAAUUGAAAUAAAAGACCCGUCAGUGAAUGUGCUAGGCAAUUGUGCUAAGCAAUUAAAAAGGCGGGAAACCUGUAUUUAUUUUUUUCAUUUAUUAUAAUAGCCAUCUUGUCAAUGUAAGAGAACACAGACAUAUCCACCGCCCCCGUCUUUCCAUAGGGAGGAUGUUUCUGCCCCAAUGCCAUCUGUACUCAUCCUUUUUGAUCCGCACCAUAAAGGGGAACACCACUACACAUUCAAAUAUCCACAGGAUAAUAUACGGGCCUAAAACAGUGCAUAGAGAAUGACUGAUGAGCAUUUUUAUGCAAUGAGGACAUUUAAGAAUUAAGUCCCACAAUUAACAGUGUUGCUAACACUGAAGCAGAAACAUUGUUAAUGCUGCAGGUUGGACUGAGGGUGUCCCGAACACACAUUCACAUACUAUAUUCAGUGGCAUUCCCCUUUCCCUCCGGAGUUCAUUCUUGCACUGUGUUUUUUACUUUGUUUUAAUAAAUCACUUUUUUACUUAGCUUUAAUAAAGCAGAUUAUAGUAUGCGUC